AGGGAAAGAGCCUUUGCAACGGGGGACAGAAGGGAAAGAGUCUCCGUUUCAAUGGAAUACAAACUGCGCAUUUCUUUGCGGACUGCGUGCUCGGAUCGCGGUGGAUCGGACCUCCAGGAAAUGGACAUCAGCUGUGCGUGGAAACGAGCUUUGCAAUCAUUUGGAAAAGGCGCUAUGACUGUGCAGAGGUGCGAGAUCAGUGAUGAGUCCACCCGUCAUGUCUUUGCCCACGGGCGGACACAUCAACGUGUCCUCAGCCCGGGCUGCGAUCGAUCUGUACGGGGCUGCCCGUGUCGACAUUUGCGCCUAAACGCGUUACGGAUUUUGAACAGGGUUUUUCUUUUUUUGGGGGGGAGAGGGCUUUUAUGGGGCUGCGUCAUCCGUGGCUAGGAAAAAAAAAAGAUGGUCUGCUUUGCAGAAUUUCCUCUAUUACACUGUUUCAACCGCGAAGGGUCAAGCCGGUAACGUUGCCGCACAUUGUGGAUUGCGCAUAGAAAGAGAAGGAGUGAGGACAAUGGCAAAGCGUCGUUGGGGUUUGCUUGAAGAACUCCCGGCCCCUGACUGAAGCCAUGAGUGAAAUGUCUCGCCUGCUGUAUUCAAGAAUGGCCCAGCGUCUAACUGCCAUUUCUGCUUUUACUCCGGAAACGACGCCAUUAUUUAGUGAUGGGGAGCCAUCUGCAUCUCUGCUUCAAGCACCCAGCUUUCCAGGCAAUAUCUGGCCCACCCAGUAACAGGCAGUACACACCGAGAAUGCUCAGCAGGGGCAGGGAGGUGGGAGGUGUCACAGUGGCCUGCCGAACAAGACGGACUUCAUUACCCAUGAUCGCCAGGGUUGAGGAGACCCAAGAGAGAUGAUCGGCAGCCGAAGCUGAGACACGACGUAACUGUGAAUCUAUAACUUGGUGCUACUCCCAAAGCCAACUGGCCUUGGGUUCCUGGUGCUUAAGACAGAGGAGUUGGACACUACAGGUAUCCUCAGUGUUGGAGUGAGGCCCUCUCUCUGCUGCAGUGGAGGGCUUCACGGAUACAGUAGUCUGGCUGGAUGCAUCACGCAGUAGAGCAGUUUGGCGGGCGUGGCACACGGGAUUCCUUCCCUUUGGACGGACUCAACCGGGGACCAUGGCCUCCUGUGGGGGGCCGCGCCUGGCAGCCAUCUGCCAGGUGUUCGCCCGGAAUGAACCAGCACCAGCUCCUUCCCCAUCUACCUCCUGGUCCCGUGGGCGGAAUGAACCACCUCAAUAAAUUCUUCAGCAAUGGACCUAUGCGAGGAAGUGAGAAGCUUGAGCUUGCACAGCCAAAGUUACCAGGUCUACAGAGGGAGCAGCAGAGACCACCUCAUCAUCAUCUUCACCCUCCACCUCCCCACAGGUCAUGGGAGCAACUAGGUCAGCUGUAUGAAUCCCAUCUUCCUCCUCAAGGACAUUCUGUUGGGCCACUAGCCAACGAGCACUCACCUCGUCUCCAUAAUGGAGGCUAUGCAGGAGGCGGCGGCCCUCCCCCCCACCCUCAUCUUCUACCCAGCAGACCAAACCAACUUCUGAAGUUCGGGGGUCCUCAGGAGCAGCAUGUUCCCCGGGGUCCACCACUGCUGGGAGAUGAGACGUGGGCUCAGGUGCAUCAGCAGAGGGGCUACCCAGGGAAGAUGAUAGGAGGUCCCCUGAAGAGACAAGGCCCUCCACUAGGAGAGCACUCAGUUAUCCAGCAUACUCCUCCACCAUCCAUGCACCCGUUGUCCCGCCAGGCUGUAGAGGACUGUCCCAGCCCCAGCAAAAGGAAAAAGAGUACCGAUCAGUUAUCCCAUCCGGGUCUGCAUCGUUUCCCUGGCCAGUCUUUGCUACCACAGCACCAGUCAUCAGUGCACCACCUCCCUCCGAAAGCUGCCUUCUGGAACCCUCUUCACAAGAACAGCACUCCUUGGCAGCCACAGACCUCUGACCGCAAGAACCCACAAUCGCAGGAGUUCCAGCUCCGAACAGAAUCCAACAAACAAGGAAUGGGUAGCUAUGGCCAAAAGUCUUCUCCUGUCUCUUCACCUUCAAAUCUUUCCCCACCGGCAAACUCCUCCCUGGGAAGCUACAACCAUGGAUGUGCUCCUCAGCACCAGAAAGAUGCAUUCCAACCUCAGGCUGUAAACCAGCAGUCCCCCGCCUCGUCCUAUCCCAGCCCCAGCUCCAAACUAGGGCAAGCGCCACCCUGCCAGGCCAUGGAGCCUCGUGGUCCUCACAACCAGAGAGGCACUCCUUUUAGGAUCCAAGGUGGCAGCCAAGCUACCUCUCACUUGGCAUCAACCCCGACCAGGGGGGAAAGAGAUCAACACCUACAUGCCCAGUCGUCACCAGCAAACCCUCCUACAACCAGCAGCGGUGUGCCUUACAGCCACUUCCAGCCUCAUCCAGGGCUGGGUCACAAGGGUCCUCCUCCUCCUCCUGCCAGCAGCACCUCAGUACCUCAGCAUUUGCAAAGUGGGCCCCACGAAGCCUGGAGAUACCAGAGUAGGCCCAGCAGUCACUCUGCAGAGUCGGGCAUCUACAGGCCUCCAGGACUGCUACCUCAGCGCCAGCAGAGCCAUAAUCACGUUCCAGGUCCUUCCCAACAUCACCAUCGUGUCAGCCCUCCUCUGCCCCCAACCAACUCCACCAGAACACCUGUCAUCACCGCCAAUCUUCCCAUGGCCCAGGCCUCCGGCCCCAUCGGCAGCCCAGGCAACAUAAGGACAUCUAGUUGCGUACCUAUUGCUGGUGUGUCCAGGCCGAGCACAUCCCCCUCUACUGGCUGCUCAGGGAACAAUUGCAGCAGUAUCGGCAGUUGGCAGCAAGGAAGAGAGCCUGUACCUCAAACCGCCAGCCGUGUUGUCAAUGGUCCCACCUCUCAGCUGGAUAAUCUGCUGCAGCCAGGGUGUCAGAGAGGACAAACUGCCUCUGCCAACCAGCUCCACCAACAGGGGCUGCCCAGACCACAACAGCAGCAACAACCCUCGAAGUCCCGCCCUAUGAAGGGGAAGACGUCGUGCUAUGCUCAGGUUGAAGUGGAGCAGCCCCCGGCAUUCCUCUCAUCUUCUUCAAUCUCCUCACGGCAACAAAGGGGAGGGGACAGUGUGAUUACAAGUAGGGUUUCAAAUCAUCUCCCUUGUUCUCCCAUUAAAUAUCGACCAGCUCCACGCUCGACCGCCAAUACUGAACUUCAGUCAUCCAAUCCAACGCUCUCCCCCAGACGGGGUCAAUCUGACUUUGUCUCGACACAGGCGUACUCUCAGUCCCAGAUUCGUGCACCAGCGCCAACCUCGGCCCCCCAGUCCAUCGAAGAGGCGCUCGACAAACUCGAUGCAGAGUUAGAGGGUCACAUGCAAGCUGAGGAAAAGAGAAAAAGGGACAGCGAGGAGCGGGAGACAAAAAUGAGAGAGAACGAGAGGUGGAAAAAAGAAGAGAUCAGACAAAAACGGGACGAGGAGAGGAAAAAGCUGGAGGAGGAGGAGAGGAAGAAGAGAGCACAUGACAGGCAGGAGGAGGAGAGGAGGAGACAAUGGGAGAGGCAAGAACAGGAGAGAAAAGGGAGAGAAGCAGAGCGACUGGAGGAAGAGAGGAAAAGGAGAGAAUGGGAGAAGGAGGAGGAGAAGAAAAAGCGAGAAUGGGACAAGAAGGAGCGGGAGAGGAAGAGGAGAGAGUGGGAAUGGCAAGAGGAGGAGAAGAAAAAGAGAGAAGCAGAGAGGCAGGAGAUGAGGAAGAGGGAGCAGCUGCAGGAAGAAGAAAAGAAAAAGCAAGAGUUUGAGAGGAAAGAGGAGGAGAAGAGGAGAAUGGAACAGAGGAGGGAGAAGGAUCUAUGCAGUGCAAAAGGCAAAGAGCAGACCGCUAUUGAAAACCUGGAGCGACUGCUCUCCUGCAACACUUCCCUUACGCCCCCACCUCCUCGCCUCUCUUCUGUGAACGCAGGCUCCUCAGGUCCAUUGCCCCCCAGCUCCCAGGCUUCCCCCCCUUACCCCUGGCUUAGCCGCGGGGGCAUACUCCCCUGUCCACCAGGCCAGACAGCCACCGCCGUUACUCCUGCAGAAAGGCUGCGGCCGCCCCCCCUCACACCGCAGACCGAGUACGCCAGAGAAAAGCAGCGGCAGAGAGAGAUGUGGAGCAACAAUAGCGGAACGACAUUCAGCCCCUCGUCGACACACAAUACCUCAGGGAUGAACCAGUCGGCGUACCCCAACAAGCCCCCGGCAGUGCGAGCUGCUCCCACCCUGUCCAAAGACCCGGCAAAGGAGGCGGACAGCAGCAAGCACGCUCUCCCCGCUUUGGCACACAGAGAGCCCCCCAAGCUGUAUCAGGCUUUUCCAAGAGAAAACCCGACACGACCGUUGGCUUCCAACUCAAUGAGGGGGAUCCUAAACCAGCAGAUGACAGGAAGUGGUUUAGACAAUACGAGUAGCUGUGCUGCUGAAUCGGCUCAAUUUGAGGAAGAGCCCUCGGAGUUAUCCACUCUGCUCCCCGACGGUCUGGCUAACAUCAUGGCCAUGCUGGAUGAAUCCAUCAAAAAGGAGGAGGAGAUGUAUAACAGUGAAAAGGCCGGGUCCACGGGCCUCCUUGACAACUUUACUGCUUGUGUCCAGCCUAUCAAGAGCUACCUGAGUGCCCCAGACUUAAUUCCAGCAACAAAGCAUCAGCACAACCAGGAAGACUUUGGAUCCAUUUCGCACUCCAGCCCCCCUGUGCUCAGUCGCCAGGGCUCUCUGGCGUCCCCUUGCAGCCGAACAUCAUCUCUCAACGAGGAGGAAGAGGACUACUCUAAACCUUAUCCAAAUGUCCAUCUCCACCCCAAUCGGCCGACGCACAUGGGAGUUGGGAACACCAAUUACCGCCACAGCGACUUAGCUAAACUAUACGGCCUCCCCGAGCCGACUAAAAGUGAGGUUGACGACGAGGAAGACGACGAGGACUCUGAGACACCGUCUUGUUCUCCGCCACCUCAAAGACCCCACCUGCACCAAACAGGUGUAAACAGCACGUUUAAGUCCCUAGCGAAGGUCCCUGAAAGCCAGAAGUACGCCUACCGCGGCGGACCUUUUGGGAGGCCCCCUCCAUCGGCUCUGCUUGGGCUCAAAUAUUCCUCGUCACUGUCCCUGGGCCCCGAUAUCUGCCGUCAGCAGCAAGGCAGUUCGCCAACGUCAGAUUCAACCGACCCACCUUUUAAUUCAGCUUACCCAUCGCUGAAGUCCUCCCCUCCUCCUCUGCUAGAGGACAGAAAAGUGAAAAUUGAAGAUACUCACGACUGGAGAGAUGACGCUGAGACAACAGAGGUCAUAAACUCCAAAAACGAGAGUAUUUCUGCCCUCAAACCCAUCAAGGUGGUCAAAGAGGAGCCGCUGCUGUCGACUAUCUCGAAAUCUUCACUGGCAGAAUUGGGCCAAAGCUGCGAGAUUACGCUUAGUCGGCACUCACUUCCGAGCAAGAACUCCCUCGAUAAAGUGGAUGACCGUGACAAAGUGAAAGACAGACACAAACCUGAGAGAGAGAAGGAACACCGAGACAAAGAUAAGAGGAAGCAUGGUCACAGCAGCAGGAAGCAUGAAGACAGGAAGGAAAAGAAGAAGCAUAAAGAAAAGAGAGAUGAGGCGACUUUCUGCUCUUCGUCAUCCUCAUCUUCCUCCACUCAUUCCGGCCACAAACGGCACAAGGAGGGUAAGAGCCACAAAGAGAAGAAAGAUCGGAGAAUCCUCGGCGACCUCAACCUUCAGAGCAAGGAGGGAUCGGAGAAGAAUCGGGCCCAUUAUGACGCAGAGAAAAUGAAGCGGACCGAAGCAUCCGGUGCCGCCUCAACCAGCGAAGGGGAGCAUUCAGAGUGGACCUCGAGGAGUUUGGGAGAAAGAUCCUCUGAGGGCAAAAAAGACUCUGAAUCUGGUUCUUCGCUGGGUUCAACGGACUUCUUGAAACUGAAAGCGCUGUCAGACGGGCCACCCAAAGAGCUGAAGAUCCGCCUGAUCAAAGUGGAGAGCGGGGACAGGGAGACAUUCAUCGCCUCCGAGGUGGAGGAAAAGCGGAUCCCACUGGAAGAAAUCACCAUUACCAACUCUGCCAGUGAAAUCAUCAGGUCCUGCAAGGGGACCAGAGUGAAAGGGAAGUUCAGAGAAUCUUACUUGCUCCCAGCCUUCUCCGUCAAGCCCAUCAUGCCCUCAGAACCCAUCCCCAGAGAGAAACUCAACCCUCCAACACCCAGCAUCUAUUUGGAGAGUAAGCGGGAUGCCUUCUCCCCUGUGCUGCUGCAGUUUUGCACAGACCCCAAGAAUCCGGUUACUGUCAUCAGAGGCCUGGCUGGAUCUCUACGACUCAACCUGGGGCUGUUUUCUACAAAGUCACUAGUGGAAGCGAAUGCAGAGCAGGCAGUAGAGGUGAGGACUCAGGUACAGCAGCCUGCCGAUGAGAACUGGGAUCCGAGUGGGAUGGGCCAGACGUGGCCCUGUGAGAGCAGUCGCUCCCACACCACCAUCGCCAAGUAUGCCCAGUACCAGGCCUCCAGCUUCCAAGAGAGUCUGCAGGAGGAGAAGGGCACUGAUGAUGAGGAUGAUGAAGAUGACAAGGAGAAGGAGCCAUCAACCAGUGUCGAUACACCAAGCAAGGACAUCUCUAAAGAAAGUAGCAGUGGUGAGCAGAAACCAGUCGGGAAGAUAAUUAAGUUUGGCACCAACAUUGACCUCUCAGAUCCCAAGAGGUGGAAGCCUCAGCUGCAGGAGUUGCAGAAGCUGCCGGCAUUUAUGCGCGUAGCAUCGAGCGGUAACAUGCUGAGCCACGUUGGACACACCAUCCUUGGCAUGAACACCGUUCAGCUCUACAUGAAAGUUCCAGGGAGCCGAACACCAGGUCAUCAGGAGAACAACAACUUCUGCUCGGUGAACAUCAACAUCGGCCCCGGGGACUGUGAGUGGUUCUCAGUCCAUGAGAACUACUGGCAGGCAAUCAGUGACUUCUGUGAAAAGCAUGGAGUGGAUUACCUGACGGGAUCCUGGUGGCCAGUGUUGGAAGACCUCUACAAAUCAAACAUCCCAGUGUACCGCUUCAUUCAGCGGCCUGGAGAUUUGGUGUGGAUAAACGCCGGAACUGUUCACUGGGUUCAGGCCGUCGGCUGGUGCAACAACAUCGCAUGGAACGUCGGCCCUCUCAAUGCUUACCAGUACCAGCUCGCCCUUGAGAGGUUUGAGUGGAAUGAAGUGAAAAAGGUGAAAUCCAUCGUCCCCAUGAUUCACGUGUCCUGGAACGCGGCCCGCACGGUCAAGAUCACUGACCCCGACACCUUCAAGAUGGUCAAACACUGUCUGCUGCAGUCCAUGAAGCACAUCCAGAUCCUUCGGGACCAACUGGUAGCUGACAGCAAGAAGUUAUCUUACCAGAGUCGGGUCAAGGAUGAGCCUGCCUACUACUGCAAUGAGUGUGACGUGGAGGUGUUCAAUUUAUUGUUUGUGACAAGUGAGAGCAACAGCAGGAAAACGUAUGUGGUUCACUGUGAGGACUGCGCACGUCAGCGUAGCCCCAACCUGACCAACGUCGUGGUGCUGGAGCAAUACCGCAUGGAAGAGCUCAUGAACACGUACGACUCCUUCAAUCUGGCUUCCUCCCGGUGACAGAGCUCCGCUCCUGCGUCUCCUCAGCCGUAACCAAAAACUCCUGCAAGACAGGACAAAAGACAGUUUCACAACUUCACUUUUGCUACUACUGCGAACACUUGCCGAACAGCCAGUUGAAUACGUUUACUCAUCAUCACUGUUUACAAAAAGAAAUACCAGUUUACUCUCAGAUGGUGCUUCUGACCAGACACCCACCAGGGGGCAGCUGGUGCUGCCACAGAACAAACAUGGUUGUUUCAACAGACAACAACUUCAGCUGUUCCUGUUUUCUUGAACACUGAGAUUUGUACAUGCUGUUUGCAGUUUUUGUGGGGUGCUGUCUUUAAAAAAAUAAUUUAUUGGUUUGGGUUUUUUUCUAAACUAGAUAUAUACCACAUUGGCCUUGUAUUUAGAAAUUAGACAAAAUGAAAAAUACUAAUAGUUAUGAACAUUUUUCUAGAGCAUUAAGAAUUUUAAAAAAUACAAAUGUUUAGAAUGCUUCUAAACAUACGGGUUUUCAUGACUUGUGUUUUGGGGGGGAGAUUUUGUCUUUCAAAUUAUUGUAAAUCUUGUUUGUAUGAAUUCUUUAACGACUUCUGGCGAAUAAUACGUUGUCACACAUCAGGUUUUUUUAUUAAUUUCUUCCAUCUCAGUAUGGAGAAUCUCUUUAAAAAGGGUUAAAAAAAAGUCUGCCAUCCGGUGUUUGUGUGGUGUACCUCUGUUUUGUUUCAAUAUGCAGACUUAGGAUUUCUUUGCAUUGUACAUUUAAUUUAAAAUGUUUCUUCUAUUUAUUGGAUAUAAAUGGUUAUACAAUUUUGUGAUUUAUUUGUUUUCCCUUUUUUUUAUAGCAAGAAAUUGCCCCGUAACUGAAGUUUGGGGCGGCUGUUUCUCUGGUGCUCGUCUCUCGUGACCCCGGCCCUUUUCUUCUGAUAUAUAUUGAAUGAUAUCUUUAUCCUAAAUAUAACACCACGUUUCCCGUAGACAAUAGGCACAGUGUUCACGUAGAGAUGACUAAUGGACUGCUGUUUGUAUCAAAAACUGUUUCCAAAGUGUUUUUGAGAAAUGGUCUUUUUUUAUUUCAUAGGGGCUUUUAGAUGAGAUUUUAAUGAUAUCUGUUGACUAUGAUAAUGGGAUAGAUGGUGCUAAAUGUUCGCUUGAACAACUUCUUAAAAUGAGAAUUCUAUUUUUCCUGUUGCAAUAUAACUUUAUCAUUUUUCUUCUCUUUGUGGUCAUGUAUUUAUAACUGCACUGUUUAGAGAAUCCACACAUACUUGCAGACACACACACACACCAAACUGAGCCAGACGUCUUAAACAUUUUGUGAAUUUGUGUGACAUUAAUAAAAUGUUUUGAUAAAUGCAAAAGA